GAGGACGAUAGAAAAGUGCUCGAGCGAAGUUCACCUAUCAGGAAAGUUGAUAAGAAAAGUGUGAGAGGUGGUUGCAUUUGCGAAAGCAAUAUGCCGAUGUGUCGCGUGCAAACGAACCGAACUCGGUGCAACUAAACGUUGGAUUUAUUUCAGGAUUUUGUAUAUAUAUUUCGGAUGAAGCAGAGACCCAGAUGGAGUUCUAAAGCAUGUUCAACCGUGUUCCUUCUCGUCGAACCUGCCUCACAGGAAUACUGAUCGCAGACCUGUUGAUUCUUCCCUUCUUGUACCUCCUACUCCCCAGGCGGAACACUCCACCCCCUUUUAUAGCGGAGCACCCGUACUUUCUGUAUGAUCUGGAUGUGCACGAACAUAGGAACUCCGGCCAAAAGUGCGUGCUGCCCAGGGUGCAUCCUUUCCAUCCGUCCAUCUGGAACUAUUUUGCACCCCCAAAAGAUAUCGUCUGCAGAACCAGGCAACUAGAUUUGACUUACAUCAGUAGUGAUGGAUUUCUCAAGUACAAUGAAACGGAAUUGGAACGCAAUGGUUACAAAGCUAAUAAGAAUAUGUUCUGUCAUUGGUCAACCGUGCUGAGGGCGGGCGAUUAUCAAGAUGAUGACGACGAUGUUAUCUACGGAUAUGAGUCUAUGUUCAAUCCCGAGGGUAAUGAAUUGCCCCCUGAUUAUGAAGCGUUCCAAGUGGAAUGUUGGAAUUUUGCCGGAUUCACGAUAUACGACAAAUUGCAUGUCCGCGUACGAAACAUCACAAUGACCGAUCAAUACACUUACCUCCAGAAACCAACCAAUGUCCUGAUUUUCGGGUUAGAUUCUAUGUCCCGGUUGGGAUUCAUGAGACUUUUGCCUCGCACCUACAAGUACCUCACAGAGAAAUUGCGUAUGACUGUUUUUCGAGGAAUGAACAAGAUUGGAGAUAAUACUUACCCUAAUCUCGUUGCUCUACUGACAGGACACAAAGCCUAUGGCGGUGGCCUCCCAGACGAAUCCAACGGUUUUGACGAGUGGCCUCUCAUUUGGAAAAACUAUUCUGCUGCAGGCUAUGCUACAAUGUGGGCCGAAGACUUUCCAAAAUACGGCCUCUUCAAUUACCUUGCCAAAGGGUUUCGCCGUCCACCCACUGACCAUUACUUGAGACCCUUCUGGCUGGCCCUCGAAGAGUCUACCUUGCUCAAAUUCAGCUCCCACAUGUGCUACGGUUCUAAACCUAAGUAUAUACUUCAGAUGGAAUAUCUUCGAGAAUUCGUAACCAAGUAUGACACUUUCAGAAAACCAUAUUUUGGUUUCUCCUUCCUGGCAGAAUUGAGCCACGAGUACCUAUCCAGAGUAGCUUCGGCCGAUGGUCAGUUUGAAGAAUUUUUCAAGUUCUUGCAUAAAGGGCGACAUUUGGAGACCACCAUCCUCAUUGUGAUGUCUGACCAUGGUCACAGAUUCGAUGCUAUCAGAACAACUCAGAUUGGACACAUUGAAGAGCGGAUGCCCUUUUUUGCCAUCUACGUCCCUAAAGUCAUCACUUUAGCUCAACCCAGAAUCAAAAAGAUUCUUCGACUGAACAGCGGCCGGCUCGUCACUCCUUUCGACACCCACGCCACUUUGGUCGACAUCUUAGGUUUUGUAACAGACGGUAGCCCACUGGGCACAACACCCUCGCCACCCGGAACACUUGGACAGUCAUUAUUCAAGGUAGUGCCACUAUUGCGCACCUGUGAAGAUGCAUCCAUUCCUAUCAACUACUGCACAUGCGAGAGCGAAUCACCAAUUCCAGAGACUGACAACAGAGCGGUGUUGGCAGCAACAGCUACUAUCAAACACAUAAACGAGUUGCUUAAAGAUGGCGGAUCAACAAUCCUGGAAGGUUGUGCAACGCUGUCGUUGAAAGUCAUCAAGAGUGCUCACUUAGUGAAGUCUGCUGAAGAACAGGGCAAUGGCACGGAGUCGAAAAUUAGAAUUGUAGUCGAAGCUGAACCAAGUGGAGGAAUUUUCGAAGCGACAACAUUGGUGCGGGACACAGAUGCAGAAGUUUUGGUGGAUGUCAGUAGAAUUAAUCCCUAUGGAGAUCAAUCCAAUUGUAUUAAACACGUCACACUUCGAAAAUAUUGUUAUUGCUUAGAACAUAUGCGAAAAAGUGAUUCUAAAAAUGUUACUUCAAGAACAUCAUGAUAAAUGUUCGUUUGUCUGUACAUAAGGCAGCUAUAUUUAUUUGUAAUAUGGAUGUAGUUAUUCGAUUUGAAUGACAAAACUGUUCAAUGUUUGUUUUUUCAGAAAAUUUGAUGUUCCAAUGUGCAGUUCGUGUUCUCAUCAAUUUAUAACUGUUUGAAGAAGAGUUUAUUUAUUAAAUAAGAUUGUAACUUUUUUUUAUUGAUUGCAAUUCGACCAAUACUCAUUUUUAGGCUAAUAUUUAAAAAUGAACACCUGAAAAUACAAACUUUUUAUAAAUCAAAAUGAGAAAUUUUGCUGCUUCGAAAAUAAGCUAUUUGUACAUUCCUUGUGUGAAUCCAGAAGCAAAUUCCAUAACUAAAGAUUACAUUUUAAAUAUUUUUAGUAAAGCAGUCAUGCUUAUUGAUUUCCAAAAUUACAAUCUGUAAUUUUAUUCUACUAUGAUAAUUCUUAAUUUAAAAAAAAAAAAUGUUAAAUCACGAAUGAUUUAAAAUUAAAGACGGGAAGUUUAUACUGUUAAAAUUCUCAAGCUCAGUAAAGGUUAAAAACCAUGAUUUUUUUUCUCCUUCUUUUUCUUUUUUUAAACGUUCUUCUGUUUUAAUCUGAACAUGAAAUCCAUAAUUUUCUUUUACCCUUAUAGGAAGUUAGAUUUUUAUACAUAAUAUAAUUGACAAAGCACUGCUGUCAUUCCUUUGUAUGUGUUGUAAUGUAGGUAACUAACCAUUAAGGUUUAAAUAGACAUCUAUCAAUGUAAAUUUCCAAAUUCACAAAAUGAAAUUAAUAGCGAGCAACAUAAAUUUUGCAAAUAUCCAUGUUGUGCUGGAAGUGUUUGAUGUAUUUAACAUUUUGUAUAAAAAUUCAAAUGCUCAAAUAAGAAUUUUUUUUACUAAAGUAUGCUUUAGUACAAAAUUAUUGCACUGUUGCAGUUAUGUCCAUGACUCAUUAGCAAAUUUUUCAGAAAUUUACCAAGUUAGAUUUAUGUGUUUUAAAUAAUAAAAAUAAGUAAGAAUUACAUUUUUUUUAGAAAUAUAUCUUCGUCGAGUUUACAACUUUUGGAAGUCAGUUACUGAUUCAUGAUUGUUACAAAACAAAAUGUAUAUGUUUUUGUGUGUCCUGUAUAGAUGUUAUCUAGUUAUUUGUAUAGAACUUUUUAUCAUUUUUUUUUUCUAGAAAACAAUAAAAA